AUGCUCAAAAGUUACGUUCGGAUCCUCCACCACUAUCUCGAUCUCGAAUGGCAACAUGAAAGCAUGAAGUUGCCAUACGAUAUGGGGGAAGAUUCUGAGGGAAUAUCUAGCUCCAAUGGUCCGAUUGUUCCGCCUCCCUCCGAAUUACAACUUGAAGAAGGAUUCGCUCUUUGUAAAUGGACAAGGCGACCAUAUAGUGGACCUUGUGGAGGUGGGGAUUUUCGUGGUGGUCGUCGUGGCGGUUUCAGUAAUGGGGAGACUCCUGAUGGUGAAUGUCCUCGAAGGGCAUUUGAUCGCCACAGUGGAACUGGGCGCGGAAACGAAUUUAAACGUGAACGAUCUGGUCGUGGAAAUGGGGAGGGCACGUUCGGGGCAGCGUCACCGUCUCGCAGCAACGUCACAGCGACGCUGCUGCGAUUUGCAGCAGCAUUCCCUUCUCCUCCCUUGCCCCAACCCCUCCCCUCCCCCUCACAGCGACGCUGCUGCCGAACCUCCCCCUCGUUUCUCCCAACACAACCCUACCCCUCCCCCCCGCAGUGGUGGCAUUGGUGUUUUUAG